AUAGUCGAGUGGUUAAAAACUGUCAAACAAAAGCACUUGCUUUGCUUGGAAGAAGAAAAGCUGCUAGAGCUCAUUAUAUUAAUUUAAGCUUAGCAUUACGAAAUUGCUUAGUGUAUUUAUUUCUUGUGAUCAAUUCUGUUUUAUUCCGCACGAUAAACUAAAUUAAAGAGGCCAACUGUUUUAGUUACUGUUUGAUUUUUUGAGUUUUCGUAAUCCGAGUGUAAAUUACAAUUCUUUCUUUGUUUUUACUUGAACUUUGAAGAAAGUGACUGACCGAUUAUUAUGCUAUAGCGACGGUUUUACGGACAUUAAUGGAAAAUAUUAUAAAAACGGAACGUAGGUGACAAAGGCUUAAAAUGACGGCAGAGAAGAGCAAAGGUCAGUUCCAGAAGGCGGCUCAGCCUGCCACGAAGAAGGUGGCGCCUGAUGGGGGCUGGGCGUGGAUGGUGUGCCUGGGAGUCAGCUUAGUCAAUUUUUCAACGCGUUCACUGGAGCCGUCAUUCGGUUUGCUGUUCAAGGACCUGUUGGAUGACCUUGGGGUGCACACAACUGGCGCGUCAGUAAUCGCCAGUACCCUAGACUCUGUGGUCAACUUCUCUGGCUUCUUCGUGGGUCCUGUGAUAAAGACCUUCUCUUACCGGAAGGUCUGCUUCGUCGGCUCAACGAUAUGCGCCCUCGGUCUACUAUUUACGGCCCCAGCUAACAGUAUGGCGCAUAUAUUGGCUACUUACAGUAUUCUAGGAGGUUUUGGAGUAGGUUUAGCCUCGUCAUCUUCGUUCGUGUCGCUCAACCAUUACUUCACAAAGAAACGGGGCCAGGCCGUAGGGUUGUCCAUGGCUGGCACAGGAUUCGGCCUUAUGGUUAUGCCACAGCUGGUGAAAAUAUUACUAGGAGAGUAUGGGUUCAGAUGGACGGUGGUCAUACUCGGUGCUCUGGCGUUCCACGCUGUGCUCGGAAGCUGUCUCCUACAACCGAUCAAGAGGCAUUUGAUUGAAGUGCCUGUUGAUUGUGAAAUGCAGCCGGUGAAGGAAAUGGAAUGCAUACAUGAAAGCGACGAAGAGGCGGAGGAUAAAUUCGAGAUUAACCCUCUGGUGACGCAUCCGAUGCCGAAGCUGACGCCCCAGAGGUCACACGGGAAUAUGAACCACCCCUCAGUCAGGACUGUCGGACUUCCCCGGGCGAAGACGUGUGACAAGCCUUUGCAGGAGUUCGAGAAGAAUCACAACAUGUUGAACCUAGGGCUGACGACGGCUGCAUCAGUCGCGGCGAUGCAGCGUGUGACGUCAAGCGGCAAUAUGAUCAGCGAGCCCGCGAGGAAGCGUAAAAUGUCCGUCAUCUCAAACAUAUCCAACAUGGACUUCACUGGAAGCUACUUGCAACUGUACAUCGAUGCUGUGGAUGACGACGGAAUACAAAUGAAAGCCGUCAAAAAGCCAGAGCCGGAGGAAGCGAAAAAGAGAGGAUUCAUCAAGAGAUUUAUUGAUAUGAUGGAUUUGGAUUUACUAAAAGACUGGUCGUUUUUGAACCUUUUACUUGGCCUCUCUCUAUUUUGGAGUGGCGAGCUUCAAUUUAGGAUGUUAACGCCCUUCUUCAUAAGAAGUUUAGGUUAUAAUAUGAAUGACACGGCGUUCUGUCUCUCCAUGACCGCUAUAACUGAUAUAUUGGUGCGGCUGAUCCUGCCGCCCAUAUUCGACAGAACAAACAUAUCCAAGAAGAUGAUAUUCUUUAUUUCUGCCUUCUUUCUGGCGGCCACCAGAUCUGUGCUAGCAGAGCAAAGCGAGUGGGUCCCGCUGAUGGUGUGGCUGUCAAUCUGCGGGUUCUUCCGAGGCAUGUGCCUGAGCAACUUCACGCUCACCAUCUCCGAGUACUGCCCGCUGGAGAAGCUGCCCGCCGCCUUCGGGCUGCACAUGGUCAGCAAGGGGGUGUUCGUCGUCGCCAUCGGCCCCUUGAUUGGUUACGUGCGAGACUACACGGGCAGUUUCGCGACGUGCAUCCACGUGCAGAACGCGCUGAUAAUGUCAUGCGUGCUUGUGUGGGGCAUAGAGUACGCGCUCGCGUUUACGCGCAGGCGCAAGAUCGUGCAGAUAUAGUGACGCGCGCGCACCACGCGGGUGACGCGCGACUGCUGUGUGGACUGCCAUUAUCAUAUGUUGAGAGCUGAAGAGGAAUGUACUAUAAUUUAUCGUAAGGUAACGUGAGAUGAGUCCUAUACUCAGCAGUGGGUAGAUACAAGCUGAAUAGCUAUAAAGUGUGUUAGUGACAUCAUAACGAAUCCUGAGGGAAAUGAUUCAGACUAAGAUUCUGAGUGAAUAUCAAGUGGAAUUUUCUGUCGCAAAAUUCAUGUUCUUUUUAAUUUUUUUUAAUUAUUUUCAAUUCUUUACUUUUGCGAUAGAAAAUUCUUGAUAUUUACUCAGUAUAAUGAACUGAAUUAUCCCCCUCAGUAUUUGUUACGAUUUCACUCACACACCAUACAAGUACGUAUGGGUGUUAGUGACACCGUAAUGAAUACUGAGGGGGAUGCAUCAAACCAUGAGUCUUGAGUUGAUAUCGAGUGGAAUAUCCUGUC